CGAUGCUGUUCAAAGUCAAAGUCAAUUAAUCUUGGAGGCUUUUCUUCUCGUUCCUCUUGAGUAAAUCUCUAGUUCUUCUACAAGUGCCACAGAAACCAGCCGUGAUUUUGUCCUGGCACAGUCUCCGAACCACGAACAAUAGACGCCACCCUGGCCACAGACUGCGGCUAAUUAUGUGUCUCGUGUAAACAUAAACUACCUAAGUACGGAUACGUGACUGUACUUUGCUUUUACUCUAAAUAUUGGAGCAAGCGCUUUGCGCGGCCCGAGGCCAUGACCACCAUUUGUGCGGCGGCGUUCCAUUCAUUUCCAGACCUCCCUGUCGAAAUUCGCAGUCGUAUCUGGGAGCUCACAGUCGAGCCCCGCGCCAUCGAGGUGCGCGUGAUUUACCAUCAAUCAAGCCCGACAGCCGUCAAAGAAUCCGGACUGGGCGUGCAGAUGGUGGACCGGAGAGUGAGGCAGCCGCCGCCGAUGCGCCACCUGCGCUCGUCUACCCCAACCCCGGCCCAGCUGCAAACGUGCCGCGAGGCCCGUGGGCACCUGUCUACACAUCGUGACACAAGAUAUCGAUACGAAAAGGCCUUUUCUGAGAUCACCAAGACACCGUAUGACGGGUUCGACCCCGUGCCCGAGGGCGACCCACAGCUGGAGCACUAUGUCUGGUUCAACUUUAAUAAGGACGUGCUCUCCGUUGGGGACACAGAGCUGAGCGACUUUCGGGCUGUGGCUCACCAAAUUUGCCGGUUACGGCUUGAGCGUGCCCUCUCGAACGAGUACUUUUCACGCACAGAGUCGCUAUUGAUUAGUAGGUUGUUUAGGAAUGUUGCCGAGGUUUAUUUAAUAUGUUUAGAGGGCAUCAGGUCGGGUUACUCGGUGACUGAAGACAUGGAGUUUCCCUGUGGGCCCGAGAACGUCUACUUUGUUGACCCACAAGAUAUGGGCGGGAUGAUGAUAAAUAGUGUUGACCUAGAUGCUAUGGUGAUCAUGGAGGGAGAAGACCUUUACGGGCCAGAGGAAGAGGGUUGAGGGAAGACCCAAAAGAACUGUUGCCAAUUCUCUUACGACUGUCUACUUAUCUGCACUGGAGGUCGUGAAUGGAAAUUGAAG